AUGGAAUGUUUUCACGGUGGACCAGCAGCAAGUUCAAGAACUGUUCGUGGUACGUUUUGGUUUUGUUGCGAAACGCCGAGAUGCGAGUUCUUUUGCCAUGACGAAGACUGUUAUCUGUUUACGAGAGCAAUGGAAGCCUGUCAAAAUAGUGGUUCCAAUCAUCCCAUUUGCCCAACACAUCAGAGAUUAGCCAAAUUAGGCGUGGUGAAAGAUAAAAUUGACGAGUUGAGACAAAAUAAAAUAGAUAUCGAUAAGCAGACUUUAUCGUUUCAUAUAAAUGCAAUUCUCGACCAACAUCGAGAUCUAUAUCGUGCAGUGAAUGCUCAUGGCCUACACCUAGGCCAAAUCUACAGAGAAAUAAAUAUGACAAAAUUUGGUCGCAUUUUUGCCUAUUUAGCUUUAGCUUGUUUGCAAAGAGACAGCGAGGAAAGCGUUCAAGAAAAUGUCCGAAGAACUGUCGAGGCCUUUCGAACUUUUGGCAAUGGGGAGACAUUUACGAAAGCCCUCGACCACGCUGCAAGCACGGGAUGGUAUGCACCGUACGAAAAGUGA